AGUUGCUCUCAACCACACUACAACAUAAGCUAAAAGCAAAAACACACACUCAAAAUUCUCUCCAAUCCCUCUUAGUUUUUGUGCUUUCCUAGUUUCUGGAAACAUGCUGAGUUGCCAAGCAUGGCCAGAACCAGUGGUUCGAGUCCAAGCUUUAGCAGAAAGUGGCCUCAGCUCUAUCCCCUCGCGUUACAUUAAGCCACUCUCCCAAAGACCCUCCAACAACACUCUUCCCUCUCCUCAAACUCAUCACGAACAUGCUCACCACCAUGAUCAUGCCAACAUCCCCGUCAUUGAUUUAGAGCAACUCUCUUCCAAGAAUGAGAGUGUUCGAAAAGAGGGGCUGAAGAAGAUGGCAGAGGCUUGCAGUGAGUGGGGUUUCUUUCAGGUGGUGAACCAUGGAGUUAGCCAUGAGUUGAUGAAGAAUUCUCGGGAACUGUGGCGUGAAUUCUUCAACCAGCCUCUUGAACUGAAGGAGGAGUAUGCAAACUCCCCCACCACUUAUGAGGGUUAUGGAAGUCGCUUGGGAGUGCAGAAGGGAGCCUCCUUAGAUUGGAGUGACUACUUCUUCCUUCAUUACAUGCCUCCCUCUGUCAGAAACCAAGCUAAGUGGCCUGCAUUUCCAUCAUCCUUGAGGAAAGUGAUUGGUGAAUAUGGAGAAGGAGUGGUUAAGCUAGGAGGAAGAAUACUGGAAAUGAUAUCAAAAAACCUUGGUUUGAAAGAGGAUUUCAUGAUUAAUGCAUUUGGAGGUGAAAGUGAGAUUGGAGCAUGUUUAAGGGUGAAUUUCUAUCCAAAGUGUCCUCAACCUGACCUGACUUUAGGACUCUCCCCUCACUCAGAUCCUGGUGGCAUGACCAUUCUCCUCCCUGAUGAUUUUGUUUCUGGUCUUCAAGUACGCAAAGGAGACCAAUGGAUCACUGUUAAGCCUGUCCCAAAUGCCUUCAUCAUCAACAUCGGUGACCAAAUUCAGGUGCUCAGCAAUGCAAUUUACAAGAGUGUAGAACACAGGGUGAUUGUCAACUCAAACCAAGAUCGUGUGUCUUUGGCCAUGUUCUAUAACCCAAAGAGUGAUUUACUGAUUCAACCAGCCAAAGAGCUUGUGACUGAGGAGAGACCAGCCUUGUACUCACCCAUGACAUAUGAUGAAUAUAGACUUUACAUUAGGCUAAAUGGAACAUGUGGGAAGGCCCAAGUUGAAUCACUCACUUCCAAAUCCUCAUUACAAUAAAAUCUUUACUGUGUUUCGUCCCACUUAUCCAUGUUCAAGACGCUGUUUUUAUUUUUAUCAAGUUAAUAAUACUUGUAACUUUUUACUUCUUUUCUUAAGUUUAUCCAAACAUGGUAUGGUAUGCUUGUUUUUAAUUUAUCUAUUUUGAUAAUUUUGAAUAA